UGACAUCACGGUACCCACAACCCGCCGCUCCUUGAACAGUGAGUGGAAUUUUACAGUCGGAUGUUUGGCAUCAUCCCUGCUGCGAUGGCUUGUGGUUCCCAUGAAAAAUACUAUCUUUCAUUAGAAAAUAAUAUGCGCUGUAGAAAUUGCAUCAAGUUUGAUGCCUGGAUGCAUUUUUUCCAGAUCAGUAAAAUGAUAUGUCGCUGCGACAUCGUAUUGCUGCGAGUUUUACCUCUACAGGUGUGCCCGAUGCUUCCCUGACGUUUGUGGAAUAGACCUGAGUUAGUGCUAUACUAGGAGGAAGUGGAGUUUGUUGAUCUUGAAAACAAUGUCCGUAGACUUUUCUCUUUGAAACUGCUCACGGAAUUCCCCUCCAGAGUCAAGACACGGUGCUUUCAUGUCUUAGGAGCAAAGUGAUAUCAUGGUUUUCCUUUUGUCACAGGUCAUGGUCUCCCGUUAGCUAGUGUUGAACUGUCCAUCACUUCAACAUUGAACCCACCACCAACAAUUGUGAUUCCAACCAACUCCUUAAAUCGUAGUGAUUGGCACUAUUUGGUAGCAUCAAUUGCACUAUUGCAUACAGAAUUAGGAGGUUCUAAUAUAAUUGACUCAGCUCAGGUACUUGAUUUGAAGAAAGAUUAAGCUUAAUUAGGAUGCACUCGAUCCAUGCUUAUUCUUCUACACAAGUUUAAGGAUUCCAUCUAUUUGAUUUCAUCUUGAUCAAACUAAUUCUUCUUGCAAAAUCCAUUUCGGUUGGAUUCAAGUACUGUUCUUUUUCCUGGAGGUCCAUCACUUCAGUACAUGAGUGGCUAAUUGAGGGAAAAUAAACUGAGAAAAAUUUGUCUAGAAGACUAAGUUUGAACCAUCUUAAGUCCAGUUCUAGAUUUAUUUAAGAUGGGAUACCACCAAAUUGAUCUUACAGCUAAAAGUAAGAAAAUUAACCUCUUGAACUGUUCCGUACAUUCCCUUUCAUUGUAGGCAUGUAUUUCAAUAUGACUGAUGACGGCAAAAUAGCAUUGAUGUGGACGGAAGAAUCAGCUUUACAAUUUGGUGAGGACUGACGAGGAAAGAACCUAUUCCUCCUGAAGUCCUGAUGAACUGUGAGAUGAGUUAUGACCGGCAAUACCUUUCAAGAUGGUUAACAUUUUACAUGUUUAGACAAUCUUUAUAAAGUCAAGGUCAAUCAAUCAACUGCGGGAUUUAUUCACGACUCUUACAUGUUGGGCUGUACCGUGUACCUAACAUAGAAGAGCUCUAUAAGUAAACCAUGAAGAAGUAACAACAUCGUAUGUAGCAGGCUCUAUAACUCACAGAAUAUCCAAGUUCUUAAUACUUUCCAUGGCUCCCAUGGCCUUUCCUCUCAUUCUCAUAGUACUUGCACUGCUCUUGCCGCAACCAGCUAUCUUGCUGGUUGCUCCUUCCCUCCUUCGCAAUAAUGGCACAGACCUUGGUGCGCUGCUAGCCUUCAAAGCCCAGCUCUCCGAUCCUCUCGGCAUCCUUGGCAGGAACUGGACCACUAAUACAUCCUUCUGCCACUGGACCGGUGUCUCUUGCAGCCGGCGCCGACAGCGCGUCACCGCUCUUGCACUGCCAGACAUGCCCCUCCAAGGGGUGAUCUCACCUUAUCUCGGUAACCUCUCUUUCCUCCUUGUCCUAAACCUCACUGGCACAAAUCUCUCGGGCUCCAUCCCAUCUGAUAUUGGUAGAUUGAGUCGUCUCGCCAUUCUUGAUCUUAGCUUUAACAGCUUGUCAGGCACCAUCUGUCAUACCAUAGGAAACCUCACAAAGCUACAAGCCCUUGUUCUACGCGCAAACGAGCUCUCUGGGCAAAUACCGGAUGGUAUUGGUUCCUUGCUCAUGCUUCAGGUUCUUGACUUGAGACGUAACCAGCUCUCCGGUCCAGUACCUCCUAACAUCUUCAACAUGUCUAGGCUUGUGGAUAUGGUCCUAGGGAUCAACAAUCUAACAGGGCCUAUACCUAGCAACGAAAGCUUUAGCCUGCCUAUGCUGCGAGUAAUAUCUCUUUCUAGAAACAAAUUCACUGGUCGAAUUCCAUCAGCCCUUGCGGCAUGCCAGCACCUUGAGACACUUGACGUCGGGGGAAAUCUUUUUGUGGAUGUCAUGCCGACUUGGCUGGCUAAACUUCCACAGCUCACCCAACUUUCUAUAGCAAAAAAUGGCAUCGCCGGUCCAAUCAUACCUGUGCUCGGCAAUCUCACUAAGCUUAGUGUGCUUGAACUCUCAUUCUCCAACCUAAGCGGACAGAUUCCGGUGGAAUUGGCAAAACUGAGACAACUCACCUACCUCCACCUUUCCUACAAUCAGCUUACAGGUCCUUUUCCCACCUUUAUUGGGAACAUGUCUCAACUGUAUUUCUUGGCACUAGAAUCAAACAUGUUGACUGGAUCAGUACCAUCAACACUUGGAAACAUCAGGAACCUUUCACGCCUUGAUAUUCGAAUGAAUCACCUCCAUGGGGAUCUUGAAUUCUUGGCCGGCCUUUGCAAUUGCAGGCAACUCCAAAUCCUUGCCAUAUCAACCAAUUCCUUCACUGGGGUUCUGCCCAACUAUGUUGGAAAUCUCUCUAAAAAUCUGUUAGAAUUUACAGGAAUCAACAACAACUUAACAGGCGGGCUUCCAGCUACACUGUCAAAUCUAAGUGAUCUCCGUGCAAUAAGCUUCGCCAACAACCAACUAACAAAAGAAAUCCCAGAGUCCAUCAUGAUGUUGGAGAAUCUCCAAGCACUUGAUCUUUCUAGAAAUAGCAUGUCUGGCUCAAUUCCGGCUCGAAUUGGCAUGCUAAGGAAAAUUGUUAUGUUGCUACUCAACGAUAAUAAAUUCUCUGGCUGCAUACCAGAUGGCCUAGCUAACCUAACCAUGUUAGAGUACAUUUACAUAUCUUGUAACCUUCUCUCUUCCACCAUACCAUCAAGCUUGUUUUACCUUAAUAACCUUGUUGGACUAAACUUGUCACAUAACUCCCUAACCGGUGCAUUGCCUUCUGAUCCCGGCCACAUGAAAGCUAUUGACAAAAUAGAUUUGUCUUCCAACCUCUUAAUUGGUAGCCUUCCAAGUUCAUUUGGACAGCUCGCAAUGUUAACGUACUUAAAUCUGUCACACAAUUCAUUCGAAAAUUCCAUCCCAGCCUCUUUCCGUAGCUUAACCAGUUUAGCAACUUUGGACCUAUCAUCUAACAAACUUUCGGGUACUAUACCCAAUUACUUUCCAAACUUCACCUACCUUAUUAAUCUAAAUCUCUCCUUCAAUAAGUUACAAGGCCAAAUACCAACUGGAGGUGUUUUCUCAAAUCUCACAUUGCAAUGUUUGAUGGGGAAUGUUGGGCUAUGUGGUGCUCCCCGUCUAGGAUUCUCACCAUGUCUCGACAAGUCUCACCCAACUCAUGGUCGACACAUCCUCAAGUUUGUAGUCCCAGCUGUCACCAUUGUGGUUGGUGCCUUCGCAGCUUGCUUAUACCUAAUGCUCAGAAAGAAAAACAAGAAGCAACCAGAUGCUAUGGCUUCUUCUGACAUGGCUGAUGUGAUUAGCCACAGGUUAGUAUCCUACCACGAGAUUGUUCGUGCCACCGAAAAUUUCAGCGAAAGUAACUUAGUUGGAGUUGGGACUUUCGCCAAAGUUUUCAAGGGCCAACUGGACAAUGGAUUAGUAAUUGCGAUAAAAGUGCUCAAUAUGCAAGUCGAGCAGGCCGUGAGGAGCUUUGAUGCUGAAUGUCAAGUGUUGCGGAUGGCUAGGCAUCGUAACUUGAUAAGGAUAUUAAAUACUUGUUCCAACAUGGAUUUCAGAGCACUGCUGCUUCAGUACAUGCCCAAUGGUAGCUUGGCGGCACGCUUGCACACUGAAUAUAGGGAACCAUUAGGGUUCAUCAAGAGAUUGGAUAUUAUGAUCGGCGUGUCGGAGGCAAUGGAGUAUCUGCACCAUCAUCACUAUCAAGUUGUUCUACACUGCGACCUGAAGCCUAGCAAUGUGUUGUUUGAUGAGGAGAUGACGGUGCAUGUUGCCGACUUUGGCAUCGCAAAAUUACUUCUAGGCAAUGACAACUCUGUGGUUUCAGCGAGUAUGCCAGGGACAAUUGGCUAUAUGGCACCAGAGUAUGCUUUGGUGGGAAAAGCAUCACGGAAAAGUGAUGUGUUCAGCUUUGGAAUAAUGCUGCUCGAAGUCUUUUGUGGAAAAAGACCCAGUGACCCCAUGUUCACCGGAGAAUUGAGCCUGAGGCAAUGGGUUUCCCAAGCAUUUCCUGUAACUCUUAUUGAUGUUGUGGACGACAAGCUACUGCAAGAUGAAGAAAUUAAUCUUUGCUUUGAUCACCAGACCGACAUUUCUUUGGGGACUUCUCCAACUAGCAUGACUAACAACCUUCUUGUGUCAAUAUUUGAGCUGGGUCUGAUGUGUUCGAGCGAAUCGCCUGAGCAAAGGCUGGCAAUGAACGAUGUGGCCACAAAGCUGAAGAACAUGAAAAAUGGAUUACUCUCCCUCUGCAUAGGCAAUGCAAAGUCCACAACAUAGCCAGUUUUUUUUUUCGAAAAGGAAGAGCCCACAACAUAGCGAGGUGAAUCUAUAAUAAGUUUGAGUUUCCACUGUACAUCGUAUAUUGUAGCAAUAGGCAUGUAUUUCCAUUACGUGUGCAACCUUAAUAUUGUUCAGAUUAUGUUUGUAUGUC